GUUUCUCUCACUGGGUGGUUUUGGGGUUGAUGGGUCACCUGUUCCGGCGCCAGGAUACCCCAGCUGGCGCCAGUUGGCGCCCGUUGGCACCCUUUCCAGAGCCCGGAUUCAUUCCGGACCGCGUACUGCGGGGAAGAGACUCCUUCUGUACCAACAGGAAUCAAACCCGCUACAGAUUUCCAAUAUCAUCUACUGCCGAGCUGAGUUUCCGUGGUAUUGGCAAUGACAGUCUAGAUAUAUGAUAUAAACAUGUCCUCGGAACUGGUCUUCUCAGUCCUCUUGUUCGGCCUCCAUCAUCAUCAUCCUUGAAUUCUGUGGUGUGGUUACUGUCGAGGCCAUCUUCCAUCCUCCCUGAUCCGAUAUAUAUACACGUGACGCCAUGGUCCAGCACGUCGACGUGUUGAUCUGCGGCAGUGGCUCGGCCGGUCUGGCUGCUGCAACAUGGCUGGCCAUCUGUGGCAUCAAGUCUGUCAAGAUCCUCGAACGACGGUCUGGUCCCAUGACCAUGGGUCAGGCCGACGGCGUCCAAUGUCGGACGGUCGAGAUUUUCGAAUCGUUUGGUCUCGCCGAAGAUCUACUACGAGAGGCAUACCACGUUCUGGAGGUGGCCUUUUGGUCUUCAGAUGGUAAGGGUGGGUUGAGAAGGACAAGUCGCACUGCAGAUACUCAGCCAGGGUUAAGUCAUCAACCUCAUGUGAUUCUCAACCAGGCGAGGAUCAAUGCCCUGCUGUUGGACCAUAUGAAGAAGAAUGGUGGAGAGGAGGUUGAGUAUGGAUAUACCGUCAAACAUGUUGAGGUGGAUCCAACUUUGGUGGAUGAUCCCUCCGCCUACGCUGUCACGGUGCUGGCUGAGAAAGAUGGCACUGAAGAGACCUUCAAAGCUAAAUAUGUUUUGGGCUGUGACGGCGCCCACAGCGCAGUCCGUCGAUCACUCGGGUAUCAAAUGGUGGGCGAUACCACUGAUGCCGUCUGGGGAGUCAUGGAUAUCUAUCCACGAACGAAUUUCCCUGAUAUUCGACGCAAAGCCACCAUCCAUUCCGAUUCAGGCAGUAUUCUCAUCAUUCCCCGCGAAGGCGGUAGCCUCGUUCGCUUCUAUAUUGAAUUCCCAGCUGGAACCGAUGUCAAGGCAGUCAAACUUCAGGACCUGCACGACAAAGCGCGCCAGAUCUUCAGCCCCUUCACAAUGGAGUAUGCCGAUACGUAUUGGUGGUCAUGUUAUUGCAUUGGACAACGUCUGGCCGACCACUUCACCAAGGAUAACCGGGUGUUCUUGACUGGAGACGCUUUCCACACUCAUUCUCCCAAGGCAGGACAAGGCAUGAAUGUCAGUCUUCAGGACGGAUAUAAUCUUGGCUGGAAGCUCUCGACGGUUUUGAAACGUAGAGCAACGCCAGAUCUGUUGAAGACGUAUCAGACCGAGCGUGGAAAGACCGCUGCAGAUCUCAUCGACUUUGAUCGCUAUUUCACCAAGCUGUUCUCGUCCAAGCAGAGAACCACUCCUGACGAGUUCAGCAAAGGAUUCAUUAAGUCCGGCCGAUAUACCGCCGGAUUGACGUCCAAGUAUGAAGACUCGGUCUUGACAUCCAAUACAAGCAGCAAGCAGGAAUUAGCGUCCGAGAUCGUGGUUGGCAUGAGGUUUCCAAACGCUCAGGUUGUCCGAUUCUGUGAUGCAAAGGCCGUUCCUUUAGUCCAGGCAUUAAAGUCUGACGGAAGAUGGCGGGUCGUUUGCUUCCCUGGUCAAAUUGAAAGCUCCAGCACACUCCCGCGACUGCAAAAGAUUGCCGAAUACAUGGAAUCACCUACUGGUCCCGUGCGAAAGUACACAGCAAGCGGUGCAGAUAGCGACAGCACGAUCGAACCUAUAGUGGUGCUCAAAGGAGACCACACAGAACUGGAACAAGAGAAGAUUCCUCGAUAUUUCUGGCCUGUUACUGGACAGUGGCAAAUGCGAGAUCUUCACAAGGUGUACAUCGAUGAGAUGAGCUACAACUCAGGCGAUGGAAAAGCGUAUGAGACGUUUAAAAUCGACCCUGAGCAAGGUGCUAUUGUAAUUGUGCGCCCAGAUCAAUAUGUCUCCAAAGUUCUAUCAAUCGACGACAUUGAAGGUGUCGGCCAAUUCUUCGACGGGUUCUUGUUGGAAAUCCAAGCUAACGGGACAUCAUCGACGCAUUGAGAAGAGUGUUGGUGGAAUGUGGCCUCAAGUGGAAGCUAGCCAUUUAUUUCUCGCUGAUAUUGUACCACAAGAGUCCACCGAUUGUCACCAGAUUGACACAAGUAUGCUGCCCGAUAAUCCAGGCGGCCGUAUACAGAUACUUGGGCGAGAAGACGGUCCAUAUGAAAAGAUGCUCUCGAAGCACCGUGCAGGCGACCAUGACGGCCAAUACAUGCACACCAGCAAAGGUGGCUUGAGUCGUCAGCAAAAACCUCCAGUUGCCGUUCUUCAAAUCGACGUCGCUAAACAACUGACAAACAGCAAAUGACCACCAUAUGGGACCGGUCCAAUUGCUGACAAAAGUCAAGAUCCCGACUGCCACGACAUUGUAUCCACUGAUGCCGUUAUAUGCAUUAGACAGGUCGACCGUCGCUAUGGAAUUCGUACCGCCAAAGGCGAAGAAGGUGGCAUAUUGAACCAGCACAGCAAGGACCGUAACCUCGCUCACCGAAUGUGGCCUAGCUCGUUGAAGGAAUUUGAGUUGUAACAUGUAGAAAAGAUACAUUGGUACAUCCACG